AUGAUGGUUAAUAGCAGUCAUGGUGUCCAAGAACAUCCUAACAUUCCUCCAUCUUACAAAGGAAGAGUUAAAAUUGAAGGAAGAGCUACCCUGGUUAUCAAGAACGUCAACCCUGGAGACAAUACCAAAUUUAAAUGUGAAAUGACGGGAAGCUUUUUGCACACAGUAGAAAGUAUAGUGCAGCUUAUUGUGGACGGUAUGUAUUACAGACUUAAACAUUGAUCUACACACAUAAAUUAAUUCAUUCCACUUAUGUCUCAUAUUUCUGAGAUCUGUAGAAGGUAGCCAUUAGCAUAACUUUGCACAAACCCUCAUAUGCAGGGCUAAAGGUGGCUAGCACUAUGAAAUCAAAACCCAUGAAAAUCUUGUGAAAUAAUUCAUGGUAAAUUCAUAGAUUUUCCACAGAAUUUCAUCGUUAAAUCUAUAGCAUUUCCAAGGUCUCAGUGCCAUGUAAAAGACAUAAAAAAUCCCAUGAAAACCUGUGAAAAUUUUAAUAUUCCUGACCCAUGAAAUAUUGUUUAAGGUGACCUUAGGAAGCCAUGAAAUAUUUACACUUAUUGUUGUUACUGCUUGCACUAAAAGUGCCUUUAUGGUGAAUUCUAUUUAAGCCCUUCCUCCUAAAUAUUAUCUUUACAUUUAUAACUAAAGGGCUGAGAAUAUUAUGUUUAUGGUUGUCUAUUUUAGUGGGUGUGCAUUUUACCCGUGAACCUUAUAAUCCGAUCUACUUUAACAAUGGUAGUGUUGCCAACCUGGUGUGGGACUACGCUGAUCCACAUAAUAAUGUUCAGAGCACUCUAUAUAGUGUUCAGGUGGCUGGUGCAUUUGUCAAAAUGAUGGUUAAUGACAGUCAUGGUGUCCAAGAACAUCCUGAUAUUCCUCCAUCUUACAAAGGAAGAGUGAAAAUUGAAGGAAGUGCUACCCUGGUUAUCAAGAACAUCAACCCUGAAGACAAUACCAGAUUUAAAUGUGAAGUGAGGGGAAGCUUUUUCUACUCGGUAGAAAGUACAGUGCAGCUUAUUGUGGCAGGUAUGUAUUACAGACUUACCAUUAUUAAUCAAACAUAAAUUAAAUGCAUUCAACUCAUGUCUCUCAUAUUUCUGAUAUCUGCACAAACCUUCAUAUUCAGGGCUGAAAGUGGCUUGUAAGCUAUCUAACCCAACUUUUGGGAGCAGUAGUGGUAUUUUUACUUGGCAUGGGACACCACACUCCUAAAAAGAAAAAAGAGGUUCUAUUUUGCUGUUUUUCAUUAGUAUGAAAUCAAAGAGUUAUGAAACAUUUAUUGUUUAAUUCUUCUCAGCACCUUUAUUAACCGGUGCUGAGAUUUUCCCUUAGCAUAGCUGUCAAUUAAAAGUGGCCUGUCAAAACUAGAAACAAUCCAACUGGUUGCACAAUUUUGCUACACAUAGAUCAAUAAAGGAAAAUAUUGCAUGAGCAAUCAAAGACAGCUUGUGAAAUUAUUGAUGUCAAAAAAAUUGCCUUGCUUUUCACGCCUUUUAAAGUGACUUGCUUAAGGGAGUGAAAGUCGGUAUUGCACCUUCUGUUGCUUUCUGUGAAUUAUGAUCUUCAAGGUUCACAAAUGUAAGUUUAGUCAAAAGAAUGGUGAGUUCCUUAGGUAGUUUUCUGACACUAAGCAGCAAGUCAAGACCUUAAAGAUUUGUGCAAUGGAACAAAAUUUUCUUAAAAUUAUGGAAGUAAUAAACAAAGGAAAUCUAUAAUCCAUGCAAACAGAAAAUAAUUUAAUGAUGAUCAAUGUGGCCAGGUAGGAAUACUGUUCUUAGCAGAUGCUGUUAUAUUCAUGGAGGUCAGUUAAACAGCUCUAAUUUUAUUGCUGACUUUGGUUGUUCCACUAAGAAACUGAAUGAAUUCCACAAUGAACUCUUAGAGACUUCAAGUAUUCAAUUUCAAUUCAGAGUAUGAAGCGUUUUGUGAGCUUAUGUAACCUAAACUUUUCAAAAGCAGAAGCCUAAUGUUCUUUAAACAGACUUUUUAAUCUUCUCUCUGGGAGUUUUUCCAUUCAUUUUCAGUAUCUGGGAUGUCCUAACAACAUCAAGUACUUAAAAACAAGAGUGAUAUUCAGUAUGUAACUUCUCGGUCACUUGACUGAGACUCAAAGUUGAAAACAUCUGUGAUAUCUCAAUACUCAUAUAAUUUUACAUAGGUAUAUAUAUACUCAUGUAUAUAGCUUGCAAAUUUUACAGAUAAUUCUUCUGUACCCUCUCAAUCAAGAUAGACCUAAUGGAAUCCUUGAAUGAAAAGCACCUUAAAUAUGUUAAAGAAUACUUGAAUUUCAAUAAAUUGACUAUUUAAGUCUUAAAGGUGACUUCUUGAUCCUUAAAAGCACUGUGAAUAACAGCGGUAAAAUGGAUAUCAAACCUUCUGAAUGAAGUGAAGCUUGUGACAUCUGGUUAAAUCCACUCCCUGAUAUAUAUCAUUUGCUAGUGUUGAUAUACCUGCAAAGUAAUGUCUAACAUUUUAUUUCAAAAAUUAAAAGCAAAUAUGGAAAAAGGAAAAUUUGCAAAUAUUGAAUUUGUGAUAGUGGAGGCUUUUUGCACAUCAAAGAGAACCUAAAGGCCUCUUUUGACCAGUUUGAUAGCUAUUCAUUCACUAGUUUUUUCCUGUUUGCUAGCCCCAUAUCCAAGAUGUGAAUUUAAGCCGCUUUUUGCUCUUAAGUAUUUCCCAUCCAAUAUUUAGGCACUGUUUGUUUUGCAUUUUCACCAAGACCAAGACUGGACCAUGUUGUGUGAAAAUUAAAUUGUUUGUUUGUUUGUUUGCUAGAAAGUACCUCUGUUUGCCUCAUGUUGGAUAUGGCCCUGACUGGUUUCACUUUAGUUUUAAGGACCAACUCAAAUCAUCUCACAAUAAGUUUUGGAGACACUAAUUCAAGAUUGUAUUGAAAUGUAACUCUCCUCUUUAGGGAUAUAACAUAUGUUCGUAGAACUCUGAUGGAAUGACGCUGCUCCAUUGUAAAUAUAAUGCCAACGACAGAUUGAGGAUGUGUUUCAUUUGCUUAAUGAUAACCUCUCUGCUGGGAAGGAGCAAAACGUUUAAUAAUCUUUAGUUUUAGCUCAAAUUGUUAACAGUGGUGUCCAUAUAGUCCAUUCUUAAUGCAGGGGGAUAAUUUGUUUUCUUUGCGUUUGACUUGGGUUAAGAACAUCUUAUUCCUGCGUAUAAUUCUUCAAAAUGCUGAGAAAAAUUUCGAAACUCUCCCCUCUGCAAACUCCCUUUGCAGAACAAUCAUACUGAACGAUUGAGUUACUUAAUGUUUGAUAAAAGAACAAUCAGUACAAGAAGACGAUUACUUUAAGUAAUGGGCAAGUAGCAUUCAGCAUGCCACCUGGAUAUUCUUUUUAUCUGGAAGAAUCCGUAGUUUCUCUUUCAUCAAAAUUUCAGUUCUCUGGGUUGAGGAUGUCUUCUGUAGAUUCUUUGUCAGGCUAAAGUCCAAGUGAAGUGUGGCUUGAUUGGCUCUAUUCCAACUUGCUUAUGCAACAGCAAAAAAAAUUUAUUAAAAAUAAUAGGAGUGGCCCAGGGGUACUUAGCCCAAUGAGUGACUUCCUAAAUUAGCCUUUAAUUCCCGACGCUGGGGCUCUGCUUUACAAUUCAGCUUGUGAGCAAGUUCUUCAGUAGCAAGCGCCAAUAGGUUAACUUGUACUGAGUGAAGUUUGGGGAUCAAUUGCUGGAUGCUUUUGUUUACUUUAUUGAAAUUGAGUAAAACUUUAAGACUCGGGUUAAGUAAUAUUUGCUACGCCAUGAGGAAUGAUAUAAUCUCUUUUACCUUUCAGAGGCACCGAUUAUAAACCUUUCUUUAGGAGGAAAAUAUUACAUUGAAGGAUCCUCUGUCACCAUGGCCUGUGAAGCUUCGGGGAAACCACCGCCGGAUGUAGCAUGGAUUAGAAAUGGAGUACUGGAAAGUUCAGGAAAGAAAUCUGCCUUCUUAAAGUUCGAUAGUAUAAACAGAAUGGAUGCAGGACAAUAUACUUGUCGAGCCAAUAACUCAGUGGAAGUCCCUUCCAUUUACACAACAAUUGUAGUCCACUGUAAGUAUGUUUUAACCUUAAUUUUCUAUUUCUGAAUUUACUUUAUUUACAAUGUUAAUCCUGUUAUUGGGGUCAGUUACACAAAACUGACGAAUCUGGUCAAAAGUGUAAUGGAAACAGAAUUUCACCUCAAAUUCUUUUCCGCUUUGUAUGCAUUGGUCCCAACUAUUGGUUAGGACAAUUGAAUCUAGGUGGAAUCAUUGCUCACAUUAUUUUGCUUUGGAUGACAAGUUUUCUAAGCAAGUCAUUGCUUCAGUUGAACUGGGUUUACAUGUAACUCAAAAAAUGGCUCAAAGCCAUUUCCGAGUAAUUGUGACAACCCAAAAUUCACUCCGUUUGACUAGGACACAAGGCUAGUGCAUAUUCUGAUUCUGUGUGAGGGCUGUGGUUGAGGCUUAAUGGAAAGCUGAGAAUUGUUCAAAAUUCUGAUUGUCCACUGAUAAAUUACAUUUUUUUUUUGAUAUAGCUAAGAUCAGCUGAUAGAUGUCAAAAUGGGCUGAAACUAAAACCUCAUGCCCAAGAUUUGCACACAUAUUUGUAUGUGUGGCGUUCGAAGAGAUUUAUCAUUUGACGGUUAGAAUCCAUUAUAUAUUUCAUUAUUCGUAAGCCUUGCCACCUUACACUGAAACCUCGACUGCCAAAUAACACAAAAUAGAUGGACUCGCUUUUUUUUUCAGUUAAAGACAGGGAAAGGAAAAACAAAUGUUACGGAGCGGUGAUUGAUUUCCAUAACUUUCUGGUUUGAGAGGUACUUAAUUGUCUCAGUGUUCGCAGAUGCUCAGGCAUUCGACCUCUUUUGUCAGAGGCCGGUAAAAAGCAAGCAUGAACAGUAUGCUAAUCUCUAGAUUUUGAAGUCACUCGUUAUAAAGGAAAUUACACCGUACAAACUUUCUUGGAGUGUACCACACAUAUAAAACAUGACCCGUUACAACUGAAAGUACAGUACAAAGCCAGUUUAGUGGGGUCUACAUCUUACCCCUUCAUCAUUUUAUUAUUUAAUUUUAGUGGCUUUCAGCCGAUUUUAUGCAUUCAUGGUCUAUUUAUAAUUUGGAAAGCUAUCAGUUCUCAUCGGAUAAAAAAAAAUGACAACUGAGCAAGAAAACAAACAAAAACGAAGUAAAUGUCCAGAAAUGGCAUAUUGCCUAAGCCAACGAGAUUGCAGUAUUAGGGUUUGUUACUCUGAUCACAUUUUGGCAUUAGGGUUUCACUUGUGCAAGUACAAAUCUAUUUUUGCCGGCGUUCUGUGACAAUAUUUUUAACAUGCCAUAUUCAAUAUCUGCUUCUUUAAAAGUGAAAUUGAGUUUAAACGGUAAUUUCCCUUACCGCCUCUUGAUUAUUGCAGAGAAAUAUCUAUUGAUAAAACAUAUUGUUAUGAAUACUUGGAAUUUAUAACAGUAUGCAAACAGUUUUAGAGACCGGUGAAACUGUUUGCCAAGACAGUAAUCUGCUUGUUGACACUUCAUCGUUGGAUAUAACUUAAUUAUACUAUUUUUGAUACAAGUACAAGCACAGUGUUGUGCAAAAGUAAUGGAAACAGUAUGUCAUAAAGAGCUGCCACCCUGUAUUUAUUGGUCAGUUGCCAAAGUCCCCAAUUUUUUCUCCUUGUAUAAUCAUUGUAAUUUUAACUUCUUUUUGUGGUCACCUCUAUUAAGUGGUCUUGGUCACCUUUGAUUGAGUGACAACAGCCUGUUGGUAUUGUCUUCCACUUGUAAUGAACGGUCACAUAAAAAGGAAACACUCAAUUAAAACGAAAAAUUAUUUUUGAGUAAAAUGUAAUCCAUGUUUCUCUCCCAAAUUUAAUUUUAAUAGUAUUUUUAACAAGUUUUUGUGCAUAAAGUGAUCAAUUGUGACAUAAAAUGGCAUUUUUUAUUGUUUUGAAUAUUACUCUUAUUCUGUGGAACCCCAUCUCCUGAGGAUGACCACUCAAUACAGGUUUGACUGUACAUAAAUGCAUCUUUUUUCAAAAUGUUGCAAUUGAAAAAAAAUUCUAAGAAAUAAUUGCACUUUUUGUUCCAAUAAAAAAGUGAUGACAGAAUAAAUUAUGAGGACAAAGGAUCAGCAGAAUAAGUCCUUGUCAAGUCCUUGUUUCACUUUCGCACUCUAAAGAAAAAGUAGUGUUCUUUUGAUGUGAAAUAUACAUGCAUCAUGCAUCAGCUCUUUUAUAAGAAGAGAAAAACUGUGCAUAUUCUCAAAACUGCAACGUUUUAGAAAACAGGUGUAUUAAUAUGCAUAGAUGUAUAAAUUUCACCCAAACAUACCCCAAAAAAACAACAUACCCAAAGUCAAUAUUCAAGAAAAAACCCUUUCAAAAUUGAAAAUUUCCUCAACCUCAGCCACUACUAGUCUAAUUAUCACAACCCAAUCACAUAACCAAUUCUCUCAAAUCUUAUGAUUUUUUGAUGGUGUGUACUUUUUCUUAUGGCCAGCUUUUCUUAGUGUCUAUCUUUUACAAGCUGACAUCUGAGAAGAAUCACUGCUUAUUCUCAGAUGUCUUGAAGACCACACUGGCAAUUUGCCACAUUGUAGGCAAAUCCUACGACUGAUUAAAUUUAAUUUGAUCAAAAACACCAAUGGCAUUGGAUGAAAUUAGCCUCCCCAGUAUUCAGUUUUAUACAUGCAGAGUAUUGCUUGAAUAUAUCACUGCAGUAAGUGCAAUUGCCUGGUAAACAAUAUGCUAUUCUUCCACUUAGGAGGAAGCUUCGUGUACACAAAAUUUGAAGUUCAGGGCUUUCGGUAGCUUAGUCGGCUACUAAGAUCCACCGAGUACAAUAGCUGUACCAAACAUAAUUUUUAAAUACACCUCUAUAAUAAUAGAUGUACACAACUGACAUGUAUGAGUGAAGCAUGUCAAGCAUUAAGCCAGUCAAGUGUUCUUAUGUAGAAUAAAGUUUCAAAAUUAUUGAAAUAAAAUUAACCUCUUAAUAAUAAAUGUGUAAUAUCUCUUUAAAAGAUUAAAAAAGCCACGUCAUUUAUGAAUUUUCAAACAAUAAAUGCCAAAAAAACUUAAAGAUGGAAUUUAAAAAAAUGCGAAAAUAUGACCCAUCUUUUGACUGAGAUUUUAAUCGUUGACCGACACGCAGAGGCCAAAGCAAUAAAAAAUUGCAGACUCGAGAGAGAAUCAUACGAAAUCACUGACACCUGCUCACCUGGCUUCAAUUUCUGGAGAGUAAAUUCUGCGACACUUCAGUCUUAUCUUCUCACCCAUGAAUUAAAACAUAAAUUUAAUUAUUUGCAAGCAGUUUAGGGGUAAAAUUAAAUGUUAAAUUUUACAUGAAAAGAAACACAUUACAGUAAAAUAAAGCAGAAGUAUAUUACCUUCAUGUUUAGGCUUCUGAAUAAAGCUACAAUAGGAAUUAGACAUGCAAUUGUUUGCCCAUGUAAACUGGGUGCAAUAGACGGCCGUAGAGGAAAUUUUACGUAAACGACAUUACAUCCUUUAAGUUGACAUGUACUAAAUCCCGAAACAGCGAAACGAAAUGACUGAAAUGGAACAAACGAAACGAACAAAACGAAACUAAACAAGCGAAAUCACCGAAACGACAAAAACGAAACGAACUCAACGACCAUACUGAAACGACCGAAACGACCACAACGAAAUGGCAGAAACUAUCAAAAUAAUAUACUACUUGAAGGAUGCAAUAUAUUUCUGUUUUAUUUUAUUUCGGAAGAGGUCCCAUUUUCAGUGAGAUAAAAAACCAUUUCCUGUAUUUUGAACGAAUCGAGUAGAAAGCAUAAAAAUAUAUCGAUGAAAAAAAUUACCAUGUCCAAAGAAUGCAGCUCACUCUUUAUACAGUAGAACUAGAUCCAUGAAACCCGCGAGUUUGUUUGCAUCACCCUUUAGCGGUUCAUAAUUUCUUAGAAGUUUGACGGGUCCUCACAUGAUGAUAUAGUCAGAAUCAAGUUACUGCGUCAGACUACUAUAUGAAUAACAAGUAAACCUUGCUAUAGUUAACUAAAGAGCAAAUGAUAGAAGCUUGCUUACACCGCUCGCUACUAUUUGAAAACUUUCUGGGCAAAAAUGCUUGUCCAGAUUCCAUAAAGAAGUAAUCCGAAAGUUAAGUUUGCCUUUACACCACGACUGAAUUAAACAUUCCAAUCGAAAUAAUUUGGAGAAUUAAAACAGUCUGACAUGUUGUUUAAGCAAUGAACGGCUGGAAGGUUCACAUCUACUUCUACUUUUAUUAAUUUGGUAAAAUCUGUACAGGCAUCACACCAACCAACCCGCGUGCAAAGUGAGAAGACUAUAUGAAGGCUUAAAAUUAUAUUAAGAACGAUUUUGAUCAAGAAACGGGCCAGUAAUAUUCCACAAUAGUGCAAAUAAUCGUGAAAGCUGAUCGUGGAAAAGCGAUUGCGUGACGCUCGGUAAGUUGUAAGAUGACAUGUUAUCACAAACCAGACGAAAAAACCCUUUAAAUUCUCAGUCUGCCUUUUGUGCCCACUCUGCAGUCUACCUUUUUUACCUAGUCUAUAUUUUGUAUCCGGUCUGUACUUUGUAUUUUGCAGUCUGCAGUCUACAUUUUGUACUAACAGGUAUCCGUGGCAUCGAUACUGUUUAUUUUUAGUUACAGUUAUUCGCACAACACACACAAUCGAUCACAAAAUACCUGUGUGUGUGUGUUAAUUCGACGUUUUCGUUCUUUUUCGCAUUAAUAUUCUUUCCUUUCGUAAAAAUGUAGACAUCACUUAAAAUGUUUCAAUUUAUCCACCCACCCAAAAAAACAACUCUUGCAUGCGUAGCAUGCCUAUGUUUUUAUAAGUAUAGGCUACGCAUCCCUAUUGAAUUAGCGAAAGUCCCAUUGAUCAGUUCAAUUAUAAAAAACGUUCGGUCUGUCCGAUGUAUUCGUUGUCACAGUCAUUGCAAGGAAUAGAAUAAAUGGCGUCGGUUAGUUGUUCUUUCGUGACAGGAUCCUUAGGUUUGGCGAAAAUAUGGCCCAAAGUCUGAAAGGGUUUUUGAGCAACUUUAACGUUGUGGCUAUUCAAAAUUCUCUUGAUGGGUUCCAUAACACCCUGUAUGUAAGGAAUAACAGCAAAACCAGUCGCUGGUUCCCUUUCAUCAAGAGCGUUACUAUUUGUACCUGGUUUUUGGCAGUUACGGAGAAAAGUUUUUGUAUAGCCAUUUGCCUUUAGGACAUUGGAAACAUAUUUCUCCUCAGCCUUCGAAUCGAGUGAAGAUGGUAGACAGUCAGCCCUCCUAGGUAAAGUUUUGGCUGCAGACUUUUUAUGGCAAAUAGGGUGGUAAGAAUCGAAAGCGAGGUAUUUGUCGGUGUGGGUAGGUUUACGGUAGACACUUGUCUCUAAAUUACCCUGAACCCCUCUGGACACAUUUAAAUCAAGAAAGGGCAAAUGUCUAUCCCUUUCGCGCUUAAAGGUGAAUUGGAUCGACGGCUCUACUGAAUUCAAAUGCGACAAGAGGCGCUCCCCUUCAUUUCCGGAUACCGCAGAAAUAACAUCAUCGACAUAUUGUUUCCAGAAAAAGGGUUUAACCAGUGAAGUGGCUAAGGCCCUUUGUUUCACGUCUUCCAUUACCAUGUUAGCAGUGACAGCAGAGACGGGCGAACCCAUCGCUGUACCAAAAACUUGUUGAUAGUAGGUGCCGUUAUACGUAAAUUGUGUGGUUUUGAGGCAAAAAGACAGCAGAUGAAUAAUAUCCUCCGCAGGCAAAGAAGUUCUUUGUCCCAGGGAAGCAUCCUCUCUGAGUCUUUCCUCCGCAACCUUAACGGCAAGAUCAACUGGGAUUUUGGUGAAGAGCGAAAUAUCGUCGAAAGAUACUAAUUCUUCACAAGCGUUAAGAGUUUUAUCUCUUAUGAAAUCCGCAAAUUCGCAGGAAUUUUUUGACAGUGUAAUCAGUAUUCCCAACAACAGGCGACAAAAUUCUCGCAAUAUAACCAGAAAUUGCAUAAGUCGGAGAAUUAACAAAAGAGACAAUGGGUCUUAAAGGAAUUCCCGGUUUAUGAAUUUUAGGUAAGCCAUAAAAACGUGGACAUAAGCCGUCUCUAAUGUAUAACAUUUUGUACGGAGAGUCACUAAUUCUACCAGCUUUUUUCAAAUCAAGCCACAUUUUGUUUAACUGUCUUUGAGUUUUACUGGUAGGAUCAGAGUUUAAGACAGCAUACGUACUCUUGUUAUUAAGCAGAGACAAAGCUUUGUCGUGAUAUUGCUGUUUGUCCAUAACCACAACACAAUUACCCUUGUCAGCAGACAAUACGAGCCUGUCCGGAUCCUUUUUGAGAGCUAUAAGCGCAUUGAAAAAAUCCUUUUGAAUGUUUUUGGGGGGAGGUUUAGCACGCCUGAGUAUGCUACUUACUUCUGCUCUUACCAAAUGCCUACGAUCGUCGUUGAGUAGAGAGAUACUCUCCUCAACAGCGGCGACAAUUUCGGCAGUCGGUAUUUUGCGAGGAGCAAUAGCAAACUUCAGACCCUUCUCUAAACCACCCCGUUCCAGAGCGGAUAUCUCCUUGGAGGAAAGGUUCAUGACCCAUUUAUCUUUCAGAGAUGAGCCUGAAUUAACAGGAGACCUCUUACUGAGCAAGUGACGGAGUUUUCUGUCGUGUUUCUCUCUCUGUUUGGUAAACUUCUGCAGUUCUUUCGAACUGCAGAACUCCUCGACCCAGGAAGUUUCGGAGUUGUCAAUCAAAGCAGAAAGUUCACUGAGUGAACGACAGAAUAACCCACGCAAACGCAGUAUGGAACUGUGACAUUCAUCGAUUCGUAGCUUAAGAAACGAAAAACCAGUACGGACCAUGAGCUUGUAUCCUUUAGCACUCCGUACUUAAGGACCUCUUGAGGAUCUCUUGAGGACCUCUUGUUGCAGCGUUUAGAUGAUGAAGGCACUAGACAGUAGUGUCGAAACGUUGAGUCUAUGAAUUGUAACUUCUUCAGUUACAUUCAUUAAAUCUGCAAACCAGAGUAGCAUCAAACUAUGUCUGAUUGUCCACCUGGUUGCCAUGUGAACUUUAAUAUAUUAAAAAGUUAUUUACCGGCUUGAGGCCGUGACCUACGUCUUUGUCCAGCCGGCAAAACGAAAUUUAUUUAUAAAGAAUGGCAACAAAGGAACGGAUUACUCUGCGACUUACGAAAGUGUUGCCGUGCCAGUGGAUAGAGAUAAGGAAAUACGGACCGCGCUAAGUACCCACUAGAUUGCAGGAUUCGUUACAGUGCCCUCUGAGAAAAAAAUACACCUUAUUUUAGCUAGUUGCAAAGUAAUUUUUCCUAGCCCUGAAGAGGCGAGAAAAAAUACGAGCAAUGAGCAAAAUUUUUGCUCCCAUUAUAUGUUAAACCAUCGAAUAAGGGAUUUUUUAUUCCCUUAUUAUUUUCAGUUUUUAGCAUUGUAAGUUUAGUAUGUGAAUUACAUCUUACGGCCUAAUCCGUAGCAAUCGCAUAAGGUGUACUUCAAAGACGAAAACAGCUAGGACUAAACCAUUAAAGUGUUCUUUGUGUUCUUUCCUGCUUAAGAGUUCGCUUCUUUAAAAGUCAAAUUUAAAAAACAAAAAAAAAAAUCGAAGUUUGGAUCGUCCAGUCCGACCAAUAUGUUGCUACGUAUUUUUGCCUUGUUGUUAAGUGUAAUACUGUGGCAUAUUUUGCUGUCAAUGACACAGUACUGGAAUGAUAAAGCUAGUUAAUGUUUUGAUUUGUAUGAAGUAUCACCACUUACUUGUUCAAUUGCUUAUUGCAUUUUCAUUUAUUCUUAGACCCGCCCACAAUUCAAAAUAUAACCACGUCAUCUAAGAAGUCUUGGACUGGCCAGACAGUGACUUUGAAGUGUCUUUCUGAUGGUGUUCCUACACCAACACUCUCUUGGUACAAACCUGAAGGAAGUGAAAUAAACAUAGUCAGAGCCAGAGAAAACAAAGUACAAGUGCCACUCAUGAGUGAUCAAGAUUUUGGUCAUUACAAGUGCAUUGCUGCCAAUGGACUUACUCCAUCUGAUGAGGAGUUAAUAAAGAUAAAUCAGAUAAGUAAGUAACAAAGAUCAGUGUAUUUUGUAAAAGAAAAACUACAUAUAACGUCAGCAUUUUAUUUUGCUUUUACUCAUUACCACUGUUUCUGGUGUAUUAGAAGUAAAAGCUGUCGACGCCUUGCCUUUUGGUAGCAUUAAACACGUUACAAAAAAACGUUGAACAUCAGGUAGAUUGACGACAUCCUCCCAUGCGAGUAUUGGUGUAGUAAUACAAGUAUUUGCGUCCAUCAUUUGAGGUAAUCACCAAAAAAAAUUUCUCCUUGCUUUUUUUUGUUUUUUUUGUUUUUUUGUUUUUUUGUUUUUUUUUUGCUCAAAAUGAUCCCUUUUUUAUGGCACUAUGUAGAGAAACCAGGGAAAGCAUCCAUCAACUCAUCAGAAUCAGUCAUUCAAGCAACUUUUAUAACAAUACGAUGGACUGCACCAGCUGAUGAUGGAGGAAGUCUAAUUACAGGAUACCGACUGAUCUUACAAAAGGGUGAAACUGAGAUAGAAAAGGAUAAUAUCACCGAUCCUGGGACAACAAGUUAUUCGUUUCGUGGUUUAGAGACAAAUACCAACUACACGGUGAAACUGUUUUCCAGAAAUUUUGUAUUCGAGGGAGAUCCCACUGUAAGGAGAAUUAGGACUAUAUUCGAAGGUGAGGAAUCACAAGUGAUGUCGUGACUGAGCACUUUACACCAAUUAUUUUUUUGCUAACUUAGAUUUUUCCCAGUUUUAACAAUUUUAUAUGCUCGCCGCAUUAUAAGUGUUUGUCCCCUCCUUAGUGGCCAGUUUCUUUUCCUUUCUAAUGGUUAUUUGAGAGGUACCCACCUUUGAAGGAGCCUUAUAAUAAAUAAACCACAGGUGAAAGUAGGUGAGAUGAAAAAAAACUUAACGGUUUCCGUUUCAGACACCACGCCGACUUUUUAUUUCAAAUUACCUUACAUUGGCCCUUUUUCUGUUGUCACGCAAAAAAGGUCUCGCCACUUUGCCGAGCUUUAUUGUGAUAACAUAGAUAUAAAGUUGGCUUUUUAAUCUUUUAAAAUAGGUAAUAUGUUUGUUGUGAAAGACCCUAUCCCUCGUGGGCUCCGUACGUGUGUGGUUUUCAAGUUGUAAUGCCUGUUAUUUCGGCUAAACCUCUCGGCAUUUAUCCACGCGCGUGCGUGAGCACUUGGUCUGUGAUAGAACCUCUCACAUUUUCAGACAUUUACAAAUUUCUCAACAAUGUCGUGCUCUAUAUUCUGAUGAGUGUUUUAGCAUCUUAGAUCACGCUUCCAAAACUAUCCAACUUAAAAUCAAAGAAGCUAUUCACAUUCAGAGAGGGCAAGCUACACUUAAUUAUCAACUUUGUCUUGUUAAUUUGAAACUUACCUUGUAAUUGCAUAUAUUGUUCUGUUUCUAUCGUUUGUUUUGUCCAAUCAGCAUUUUUUUAUACACUGUAAAUUCAACUUUGUAAUUUGUAUUAAGCAGAACUGAAGAUGACAGAAGAACUGUCGAAACGUGUUUUUAAAAGUCAUUUAUUUUCUUAAACCAACUGUCCCUUUUGACGGUGAAUGUACCAAGUCAUGCGCGAUGUCAAACUUUGAAAAACAGAAAAUAGUUAGUUCCUUUCCGUAAUUACGUGACACCAAUGAGUGGCGAAUUGCAACGUCAUCUAGGUAGUAAAGUAGCAAUUAAAUGCCAGUAGAGAUCAGCGUAUCAUUCCGCUUCACUUUGUAAAUGCAUUAUUUGUUUUAGGCUACAACCAACCAUCAUUUCAGGCUUUUCAUUAUCACUUUUUGUCCUUUCAAAUUAUUUUGAAUUCAUCUCAAUACUUAACUUAAUUUUGCUUGCUAUACACUUUCGUUUAAAAAGUAUCCCCUAAAAGAUCCUCGACCAAGUUACAGAUUAUUUAAUCACUGAUAAUGGUUGUGACCAGGUUUCUGACAAGAUGUUGAAUAAUUAUUAGAAAUUUGAUGCUGUUCAUGUUGUUGACAUCAAUCUAGGAGCCCCUGAUGUUGUCGAAAUAGACAAACUGCCAGGUGAAACAACAAACGAUACAAUUACCCUAAAGUGGAAGGAGCCAGAAAGUAAUCGAAAAGUUAUCACCAUGUAUACAGUGUACCAAAGAGUAGUGACUGAUGGAAAAGUGGGACAGUGGACAGUAAUAAGGAGAAUCAAAGAUGUUUCUGUGAGAGAAUUGAAAAUAGCGUUGGAGAGAGGAAAGGUGUAUCAGUUUGCCAUUACUGCAAGUAAUGAGCUUGGUGAAAGCCUAAAACAAGAGAAAGCAAAUAUCCAGCAGGUCAAGACAGAAGGAAGUAUGUUCAAAUGAAUCUCAUUUUCCUCUUUCAACGGUUUGUCCUUUUCUUUACUAAGUUCUCUAGCACUCUCCGUGUCAUCAACAUCGAGGUUUUUACGGGUGAAUUCUUCGCUUAUAAAAACCUGAAUCAAUGAGAAAAAUUUCACUUACAUCGCGGUUGAUAUUUGUGUACCUACUGCAAGGAUAUAGCAUAUCCAUUGACCGAGAUCUUAGUCAUCGGCUGGCACAGACAGAUAGUUUUUAAGUAGUUUACUAACGCAUGCUAAUCUGAAUCUGGAAAGAGAGCUCGGCAACACUUUAGCUUUAUCUUCCCACACUUAAAUUAACUGCUUUUUUCUUUCCUUUGCCACCAUCACUUAGUUGAUGCCUCUCUCCCACAGAAAAAUGUUGACUCUCCCACACUGAAAUCCGAGAACUUUUCUCUCAUUUUCACCACCAAGGUACUUUAUUCUUCAUACCGAUGAGAGCAGCUUUGCACGUAAUCCCCUCUUCGCGCCAUAAUUUCGACACCAGUGACCCAUUGUCGGCAAAUUCGCUCUUGGUUAAUGAAUGAAUUGCCAGUAAUCGGAUCCUUGUGUUUGCGCAAAGAUUUCUGGGAUCGCCACGGGGCAAAUAUUGCAACUGGCUAGAAGGAAAUGUAUGGCGGACGUUUAUUCGGACGUUCAAAAAAACGAUUUUGGGGAGAGGUUAUCGCUUUUCGCCGCUUUUUUUUUUUUUAUCAGAAAUAGAUUUGAGUGAUGUUGACACAAGGGAAGCGUAAGUUUUUGUUUGAACAACCAUGAACUAUGCAAUAAAAUCUAUAGAUUGAAUUUUCUCCAUGCGCAAGGUUUACUUCGAAAUUCAGAAAUGUUAACCACAAAUCGCCAAGAAUUAACUUAACAAAGCCUUUUAAGUUUUUUUUUGACAUCUAUAAAGUCUACUUCUAGCUUUUUUCUCGGCUUGGUAAUACAAAAGAGCGCUAAAACAGCUACCUCGAGGCAGCUGGAGAGUGAAAAGGUGUGUUUCAGCAUUAAAUAUUAUCGUGGUACAUUAAAGUGAUUAAACACUUACAUAACUUCUUUUUUGUGAUCAGUGAAAAUGAACCAGCGUAAUCGGCUAAAAAAUGAAACCUUUAUUCUGUGACGAUUAUUAGGUAUAAAAAGGUCGCUAAGGAGCGAUGCACAACUGAAUUGAUGUUCACAGUUUCGGCCGGAGUUCCCGUUAUCUUGCUGUUGCUGAUAAGAUCCUCCAAAGAGUUCGAGGACACAAGUUGCAGCUAAAAAACCUUUGGAUUUUUCUCCAACAAUCUACCACUUGACCUAGGGAUUUCUACUUGAUUUUCAUCGCUUAUUUCAUCCUUUCAGAGAGGAACGAAUUCUCACCUUUAAUGAGGCAGUACAUACAUAAAUACAACCGAAAAGUCUUAAAUGCGUUAUUUCCUGGCGAUUUAUAACUAAUCAUGUAACAUGUCGAGACCAUUACGCGAUGACGAUUUCACAAUAGACCUUGCGUAAGGAGAGAAGUUUAUCGGUAUAUUUUAUGACAUAUUUCGUGGUGAUUCUAAUACAAAAUUUCACUUCCCACGCAUCAACAUCAUUAUUAAUCAUUUGUGAUAAAACUUCGGGGAAGAAGCGUUUAUCUCUCUCCAAAAUUUUUUUUUUGGUCGUCGAAACAACCUUUCGCCAUAUAUUUCCUUCUGGCGAGUUGCAAUGUAUGUCCCAUGGCGAUAUCAGAAAUCUUUGCGCAAACACAAGGAUCCUAUUACUGGCAACUCAUUCAUUAAUGAUGUAUGAUCGCGCUGCCUCACCCUGCGAACAGAGAGGUUGUCAAUCUUUUCACUGGUUUGUUUUCUUCGGUGAAGCCAUAAAGCGUGACACAAACUUCUUCUCUCAAGAUCAUGAAGCGGUCUUAGGUCUUAGGUCUUAGGUCUCAGUCAAAGUGAGAUACUCUGAUUGAAAAUGGAAUCUCGUCAAUUUCUCUGCCUAGAGAAAAAGAUCAGUUAACGAUUGGUGGAGCAAAAACAGAGAGACAAAAAAGAGCAGAUAGAAAAAUACCCAAUAGUUCCUGAGAGAUGGAGAAUUAUCAUUUGUAUUUGGUUGAAAGAAAUUGAAAAAGAUUCAAGCGUCAGUGCUUCUUCUUUCUUGUUCAAUGGUAAAAAACUUAUCAACUUUUCAGCAACUCUUUCAACAGAUGCGGAAUUCGUAUGGGGAUAUUACACAAAAAUAGUUCGAGAUCGUUUUCGUGAAGGACUGCUCUCAGGCUGUCAUACUCUUUUCAGUUACAAUGACACUGUUUUGACAGAAGAAUAAAUCUAGGCACAGCAUGACUUCUUUGCGAGAAGAUACAACGAUGAUAUUUGAAAAAUCGUCUCACAAACCAUCAACACCCGAUGGCGUGACAAGAGAAUCAUUCAAGAGAAUCGUUCAGGAGAAUCGUUCGAGAGGUCAUUUGAGAUUAUAAUAUUCACACCCUCUUCAGAUCUCACUCGUGAGUUGUGAAGAGGGUGUGAGUAUUAUUCACCUGUGAAUAAUUCAAGGUUGACUUGAAAUCAAGGUUAAAUUCACGAGUUGCCUUUAAAAUCAAGGUUGUUUUCAAAAAUGCGCCAGAAUCCCCGUUUUCUAUCUAAUAAAGCUCCCUUCCAUUGUACAGCAUGUAUACAAAAUGAGAUAAUUAAUUUUAACCAAACCAAACAAAAUCUAUUUAGUGAGAGAGAAAACGUCUCUAAUCAAGCCGGCCAAAGUUGAAGGUCAGUGCUGGUCAACGUUGUUAUUUUCUAGCCUGGUAACCUUGUUCCCCACAAAUUUUUGUUUUUAUUAUGUUUCUCAAUCUUUAUUUUAUUUUAUUACUAUUUUGCUUUCCUUUUUUCAGUAUCCGGGAUAGACAAAGAAAAAGGUACGUGGAACGCUUGUUGAGAGCACCUUACAACCUCUAUCAAAUAUCGCUUCAUUUGAGGGUAACUACAUGCGAAAUCAUGCUUUGAUUAUUCAAAAAGUGUUCACACUCCCAAGCUUUUAUUUCUGGCCCAAUAUGCUCGAUACCCAAUUAUUAAUAUUACAUGUACGCGGUCAGAGCCAUCAACCCCGUUCACCGGAUGGUUUCUUUUUCGAGUUUGCGGAAAAUUUAGAUCUCCUGCAUAUUCGAUCCUUGUCAAAGGUAAGGUCAAAUAUGUUGUUCAGAUUUGAUAUCAAUUUUUGAUGAGCAUCUUGAACGAUAUCAAAUAUUUUACGCUUUUGACUCUGUAUUCUAUGCUAGUCAUGGGCGAUUUUAAAUGUGGAAAGUGUGUGACAUUACUUUUGACGUGGGUCAAAGGUAAAGCCAGAUAUGGAAGAACUUUGCUGAUUCUUGUUAACGUUUAUAACAAAUGCAUAGCAAAGCAGUAGUUUGAAUUGCCACGUAUUUAUUUUUGACUUUGGUCAAAAGUUACGCGAAAUUACAUUCUAUCUCAUCUCUGAAAUGCGGAUGAGAUAAAUGAUUAACAGAUAACUGAACAAAGUUGUGCAAAAUAUCGUGAUAUUUGUUAGUGGUGAGAAGAUCAACUGUUUGUCAAAGCUGAAAGUGGGAGUACAUACUGGUUGAUCUGCGAAAUACCAAAAAAUGACGAUAUUAUGCAAAAACCGAUAAUAACUGACAAAAGAUGGGACGCAUGGAGAAUUCAGUCUCAGUGAGGAUGACCUGAUAUUGGAUGAAUAACUGCCGGAGCCCCAUCUAUACGCCUGCCAGUUCAUAUGAAAGUAAGUAACAUCAUAACCCUUCUGCUCAAUCAAAAACAUCAGUAAAUACAACCCCUGCUGCUACCAGCAAAAUUUGUUUUCAAGUUACACUUCUCAUUACUUACUGCCGAAUGGUUUUCGUCAGAAAGUAACGACUCAAAUGAAAAAAGCAUGAUAAUCUGAUGAUGGAAACAUUUGUCUCUGCCUUGGAAUACGGGAAGAUAGAAUAAAUCGUUGGAAAUGACGCUUUUGGUCAGGUUAUUUUUACAAUCGGGUGCUGAACGAAAGAGAGGGUAAGAGUCUACCCCGACCUAAGGUAUGUUGGAACAACAACAUAAACAUUCUUCGUUAAUUUACAGUACUUACCCCAGUUCAUACGUCAGCACGCGUUCAUGGCGAUGAGAUUAAGUACAAAAUCUUACUUUUUCCAGUUUAUUACGUAUUUAUACUUAAACAGGUAUCUCAAAUUAAUUGAAUAAAGUGGUAUUAAGAGAUGUCGUACCAAGCCAGCCUGGUUCAAGCAGACUCACCCAGGUUCCUGCAGAGUACAAGGAUCUCAGGGACGCCAACAGAGAUCAUAUUAAAGCGCAAAAUGCAGUCCCAUGUGCUGAAUAG